AUGGAAGAGAAAGAUAUUAGCACGAACGAAGUACAGUUCGUAGACUCGUCGGAACGAUGUAUUGUAGUUCUGCCCUUCGAGGAGGACGUGAAAAGCAGGAACAUCGAAUGCGAGGAGAGCAAAGAGGACGUGGAGAAAGCGCUCCAGCUGCACGUGGCACUGAUGAAGCCCUCCUUGCUGGAAUUGCCUGCAGUUGCGGAAAAAGAGGAGGAGCGGGAGGGAACAGAGAACGAGGAGCUGGAUGAGCCGAAGGUGGCUUGGAAGAAUGCGAUGGAUGAGACGAUUGAAGAGGAGUGGGAAGACGAGGCGAGGUCGUAG